CGCUGCGCUGCUGCCUUCUCACUCUUCCCCAGCUUGCCGGAGGCCGCGUUGCCUCAUGGGGAGCGAGGAGCUCCCGUCUGUGGGUCUCCACCACAUCACCAGGCCCUUCUCAGGCGCCACCAUGAAGCUUGGCGUGUCCCCAUGGGACUUUGGGGGUGGCAGCUGGAGCACACUAUGGGCGGCCGGACCGUGGUGGGGUUGGCAUGGCCAGGCAUCCCCUCCGUGACCCGGUCGGGGUGGUGAGGCUUUAUCCCGCACUGAAAAGAUGCAGGGUAAGGGAGCGGGGCCAUUUGGGCUGAAAGGCAGUUAGAUCCAGGUCACUGAGUUCGGGGCGGCUGUGUUUUCUGACAAAGUCUAAAAAUGCAGAUUCGCAGCAACCUUUGUUAAUGGAUUCCGACUGCUUGAGUUUCGCACUGAAUAAUGGCCGGAAUUAUCAGCGAUGGUGACUUAUGAGAUGUGAUUGAAUAUCUUCCUUUUCCUCGAAAUUAAAUUGAUAAAAUGAUGUAAUAUCGCGUUAUUUUUAUUAACGUGCUUGGGUACCAAAAUCUCCACGGAGCUGAAGGUUUUCUUACAAUAAAACAGAAGUACUACAAUGAUGAGGACGCUCAAUAAAUUCUAAAAAUGUGGUAUCACAUUUUAAAUGCAAUUCUGUGCAUAUGGCGAGCGAAUGCAAUACCUCUUUACCCUCAGGCCGCCCACUUUCAUACAUUAAAAUAUUCUAUUUAAAUGCAGAUUUUGAUUUGCUGUCUGGCAUGGCGUUCAAGUAGGCUAGACAGGAGAAAAGGAAGAUGGUCCAUGUAGCUUAAUUUAAUUACGUGUUUCUUUUGGCAUGCAAAGAUGCCAGCAGGAGUUGUUAGGUAUAAAGGCACAUGUGUUUAAUGAUAAAAAAGCGUGAGGUCAGUCUUCUAAAAUCUAUAAAAGUAAAUGCUGGAAAGAGAGUCUGAUGUGGUUUUACAGAGUGAAUGUGGUGUUGGGUGUACGAAGGUGGGCGUCCUGCCAUAGCCUGCUUGGGCCAGGAAGGCUGUUUAUGGCCAAGGUCUGUGCAGUUAUCUGGUCUGUGUGUGGAUCUGCCUGCCGUGGUGCUGGGAGUGCUGCAAGGGGCUCAGGGUGAGGAUGAAGGGGGCUCUUUUAGUGCCAUCGGGGUAGAUGAGCUGUGGGUUUUUGACAUGGACGCCAAAAUGGUUUAUACCCACCUUAGAGGUCAACUUCAACGGGCAAAUGUUACACCAGCAAGAUGCUUUGAGUGCCACUGAAGUGCUUUUUUGAUAUGAUUUUGUAAAAACCAGGGAAGUUGUGUUUGAUUUUGGUACACUUUAUCUUUGUUUGUAUGUCAUCUCAGUUAAAGCCUAUUUCCAGAACUCAAAGAAUAUUUGAAUUUCAGUGCCCUGGAGCAAAUAGGUUGAGUGGUAUCAGAGAUUAUCAGAUUUAAUUCAUUUAUUUUAAAUGUAAAUUGAUUUGAAACCACUGGGAGCUGUUAAAUUGUGUGGCAGUUGGCCUUGGUGCCUUGCAGCAUGUUAUCUCUCCUAGCGUCCAUCUCUACCAGCCCCUUCUCCCAUCCUUUGGCCAGGCUGCUUUGUUCAUCUGGUCUCAAAAGAACUGAAUGUUGAUGUUGGGUGCUUCUUAGUGUGUCGGCCUUGGGUGUCCAUUGGCACUGGAGAUACUGCCUGUUCCUCUAACAAACAGCCAAAAAUUUUGGCUUUGCUGUCAAUCCAUCAUGACCACAUCCCUCACUGUAACCUCUUGGAGCCUGAAUUUCUCUCUGUGUCCACCCCUAUUUCUCUCCCUUGUUUGAAACGUGCUAAUAAUGUCAUCACUUCAUGUAUUGAUAGGAGAGCCUCAUUGGCAUUGGUGACAAUGAUUAUUCGCACGGUCCCUCUAUAGGAGUGGGCUCAGGACUCUGCGCGUCUCCAUGCUCUGCCACCCAUCACUUUGGUACAAAAUACAUGUUUUCAGGGGCUGCAUGAUUCACCAUCAACAAUUUACAGUUUCCUGUAAAUAGAACUUCAGGGCUAUGCCAAAUAAUGCCAAAUGCAUAUUUUUAAGCCUAUGUAUAAAAUUAUUUGAUCUCUAAGAGUAUAAUGUUUGCCAAUUUUUCUCUCGGGCAGAUAGAUAUUAAAAUCAUAUUAUGCACAGUAUGCAGUAGUAAAAUUGAAGUCACAAUGGAAAGCAAUAUUAUAAUUUUUUUCUUUAAUUUUCGUCUCAAAGAAUGUGUCUUUCUAAAGAAAAGGAUAUUUGUCUAAUAUGCUGGAGAUCAGUUUGCAGAAUUAGAUAAGAGAUAUCCCUAUAAACUGUGCUGCAAAGAGAAAGAAAAGCCACAGAAACGCUUGGGACUCAGAACCCAUCUAUCUUAGUUUCCCACACAAUUUGAAACUCCUAAUUUCUCAAUGGCUGUGAGUGCGAGGACAGCUGAUGGGAUGUAUUACAAGGCGACUGGGUGUGCAGGUACCACUCCUGCAUUUGGAAGCCUCAUGGAGGACGCUCAAUAGAUUGUACAUCUCUUCCUUUUGCUCACCAAUAGGAAGUAGCGCAGGAUAAGUAACAGCUCCAGAACCACUGUUAGCCCACAUGCAGAUGGUGGUGAUGGAAAUGGGCUGGGACGCGUGGAUGUGUGUCUUCUGCAGGGUAAAAAAAGAAAAGAAUCUACUUAAAUAGGGACUUCAAAAUUAGAAGCAUUUAGAAAUGCCCUGCCAUUAAAAUAAAUUUUAAUAGGUAGGCUAUAAACAGCUGAUUUAAAGCAUCCCGGAGAGCGUUCAUGACAUCGUCUUGAGUGCUUAACUUGGGACUCCUCAAUUUCGGACUGAUCUGUGUGGCUGUUUUCUUUUCUUUUUUCUCCAAAAGAUGGAGGGAGGAGGAAGAAAAUCAGUGGAAUUGGUUUACGUAUUGCUUUAACUACUCUCACAAUAGUGAAAAGCUCUCAUCAAGUAUGUAUCAGAUUAUUUUAUUAUGCCAACAUUAAUAUUGGAAGCACACACGUAAUCUGGAGUCAGCAGGUUCAUACACUACUAUCUCAACUAUCUCAAAUUUUCAGGCAAAAGCUGCAAAAAUUAAUUGGAGGCGUGUAAUAGUUUAGAAUGUGAGCUGGCUUAUGGUAAUAUAAAUUACAUGAGGAGAAGACAGUUUUAUAUACUGAGAGAGGGAAAACUGGUUUACUUUAAUGAGAAGAGAUAGAAAUGUGGUGCUAUUUUUUCAUUACAGAUGCACUCUAAACUGUUUGGACUUACUUGAUGAAUAGAGUUAAUUCUCUGCUACAGUUCCAAUAAUUCAUGUUGCACAGUUUAAUGACUUCUAGAUAAAAACAGGAUUGAAAUGUUAAUUUCUGUGAAGAAAUUGGAGCACUCUCAUUCAUCAAGCUUUUUUUCUAUUAAACUACUAGUUAAUUUCACUAAACAAGUCUCUUAGAGAUAUUUCAUGCUACAUAGAUUCUGGUGUUUCUCACCUGCUUUAUUUUACUUCAUUACCCAUGAGCAUUGGCUACUACCGUGAAGUGCCACUGAGAUGUAGAAAAAUUUCUGUUGUACUUAGUCUACCACUAUAAUACUUACUUCUUCGACAGCGCACACAGCAGUGGUUGGGCCUUUGCGUGUCUUUUCCAGUGUCUAUAAGCUGAUACUGGUGAGUGUUCCUGUUUGUUUCUGGUUUGAUUUCUUUGUUGUUGUUUGUAGUCCUUACAGCAGCCUUCCCUGGCCACGUGUUUGAUGCUGUACUGCUCACUGCUGCUUGGCUUGGCAUUACCAGGCAUUGCAUAGGUGCUUGUUUGUUUCAUAAAGCUGCAUUCCAUAUUUGAAGCUGUACGGAUCUGUGGUUUUAUAUUUGCAAUAUUCUGCACUGUAUUUGUGUGGGGAUGGCUGGGCCAGCAUAGUACCUCCUCACUUGGUAUAAACCAGCUUGGUCUUGCCUACUACAUCUCAGCUGAUAGGACAAAAGGGAAUGGCCUCAACUUGCCCCAGGGGAGGUUCAGAUUGGGAAUUAGAGGUAACUUCUUCUUUGAAAGAGUGAUGAGGCACUGACACAGGCUGCCCAGGGAGGAGUAACUGUCCCUGGAGGUGUUCAAGAACCAUGGAGAUGUGGCACUGAGGGAGAUGGUUUAGUAGGCAGUGUUUAUGGUAAGUGGACAGCUGGAUUUGAUGGUCUUAGAGGUCUUUUCCGACUGUAAUGAUUCUGUGAUUCUGUGGGAUCGCAGGGCCCGUGUUGCUUGAGGUACCCCAACACUUCCCACCAGAUCGGAUUGCCCAGGAUCCUAUCCGUGGCCUUGAGCACCUCCAGGGAUGGGGCACCCACAGCUACUUGUGCAGCAGUGCCAGGGCCUCACUGCCCUCAGUACGAGGAAUUUCUCCCUGAGAUCUGAUCCAAAUUUCAUCUCUUUUAGACUAAAUCCAUUACCCCUUGUGCUGUAACUACGUUCACUGAUGGAAGAGUCACUCCCCAUCUUUCCUGUAGUCCUGUUUAGGUACUGAACGGCUGCAACGUGGCUUCCUUGGAUCCUUUCCUUCUCCAGGCUGAGCAAUCUCAGCUCCCUCAUCCUUUUUUUCACAGAAGAGGUGCCCCAGCCCUCUGAAUCAGCCUUAUGGCCUCCUUUAGACCCACAACCAGCAGCUUCAUGUCUUGUUAUCCAGUUGUGCUGUGCUGAUGCAAGCUGGUUAUGCACCACACAUUGAGGGCCUCCUUCUUGCUCUUCAAGCCAGAGAGUUCCUCGUUCUUUUUUUUUUCCACAGUUUCCUCCCAUAUGGUCGAUGAUGGGAAAUGGCAAAUGCUGGAGCUUUUGACAGUUUUGCCCGAAGGCAGAGCGAUUUUCUGCCCAGUGACAUCAGCUCAGCAAACUCAGGGCCUAAAAGCCAAGGCGGCCGCUCUCGGGCCUCUGGGUGGGUGUCAGGGCCAGGAGUGCUGGCCUGGCUUUCUCGUACGGUGCCUCGAGUUGUUUGUCCUGCAAGGCACUUUUGUAAAUGGACGUUGUGCCGUAUUGUGUGGCUUCGGCAUUUGACAUUGGAUUAAACAAAGUGUCGCGUGUGCGAGGUGUACGGUACAAUUAUUUUAACCUAUUUUCCUUUCUAGUGUGGAAAAUCUGCUUGAAAUAGGACUUGCUGAAGUCAUUGUACCAUAUACAAAGGGGUUAUUAAAAUGCACUCUGGAAAUAGAAAAUAGGAUUAGAAGAGACACUUUGGCUUUGAGGCCUUCUCCAGCCGAAAGAAGGCCUCAUGGCCAAAAUGUCUCCUUUAAUCUCAUUUUCUGUUUUCUGGUAGGAAUUUUAUUAACUCUCCUCCCCCCUCGCGCCCCCUGUCUUGCUGCCUGCAUGCUUGUAGCACACCAGUUGUCUUCCAUCUCCCAGCUGGAGGUCUGGGAGAGGAAGCAAUGAUUUACCCUUGUGGUAGGGGCAUUGCCUUUUAUUUGUAGUCCAAAAAAACCCCACACCCAGACAGUUUCUAGCAGUGUCUUGUGGCUACUUGCAGUAUUUUCCAUUCUCUCAAGAUGUGCCACUUUUCUUUCCCAGGGAGGAGCCAUGGUGCUCAUGUUUUCAUUUGUAUGGAAACACCUGGAAAUCCUAAUUAUUUCAUGUGAGUUGCUCUGUUCUGUGUCUCCGAAGGUAAUUUGCCAGUGGGCACCUGUAACGUGUAUGUCUCUGUACAUCCAUACUGCUAUGUAUUAGUCAGAAAUGCAAAAACUAUGAGGUAUUCUGAAAACUUAAUGUGCAGAACGUUUCCUAUAAUUGAUAAUUGGAAUUUCCUGGAUAAUGUAAUAAUAUUAAACUGGUGUCUAGUUGCUUUGCAGCUGCCUUCUGCCAUAUUGGUUCCUCAACAAAGCUUAACAUGUAAAAAUUUGUGCCCCCCAUUAGGAAAAAAAAACCCCAAAUCUUGCUGUAAUUCUUAAUUAGAGUUAAUUAAUGUAUUUCUUAAUUAGAGUCUUAAUUUUCAACAACGUAGCAAAACAAACUAGGCAGUCCAGAGAGAACCUAUCUACAAGAAGCAGUCGUGCUGUUUUUCAUAUUUCCAUGUUUUGAGGGAAUCCUGAAUGCGUUCAAUUUAAUUUCUGUAAGUGGGAAGGACAGAAUACUUUGGCCAUGAUCGCAGUGGGAAAAUGGAAGGGAAAAAAGUAAUCAUCUGUUUCACAAGGGGGAAGGAUCUGCAUGGGGUUUGCAGGCUGGCGGGGGAGGAGAGGCUCUGAGAACCGAAAAGCAGGGAAACGUUUGCAGAUGGUGAACCUGCGACAUCUCCUGUAGGUUACUCACCAGGUUGAGUAAUAACAUUUUGUAUCUGGAAAACUUGCCAGCGACCAGAUCUUAAAUGUGAAAACCGUUCGAGUGUUUACAGGGGGAGCCUCAGAAUCAUUUCCAUCGGGACCAUUUGCCACACUUGCACCUGAGUGCCAACGUGGGCAUCCAGCAGUGGCAUUUGGGCUUCCUUGUAAGAUGUGUGCUCAGGACUGUCAUUCAGAUGUCAGCGAGGUAAGUCACACAGCCCUGUUCCCCGCGGCGCGGGGACUCACGCUGACGUGGUGAUUCACUCCAGAAGGAUAUUUUUUUUUCCCCAAUCAAAAGUCAAUGUUCCAAAAACCCCGAGAUGUUGGCUCAGAUUGCCGUGCUCAGAAAGGACGCGAGCGGUCAGCCCGAAGCCCUGUAACAAAAGGUUAAUUUUUCUCCCCUGACGUACUGCUGACUAAGUCAAACCCCGACCACGGGUCCGUUUGCUGUUCUGUGUGUUUCCAGCGACUGCUUCAGACAUCCGUGAUAUCAGUUUUGUGUCUCUUGGCAACAGAUUGGUUCUGGCACCCCGAGGACAGGGUGAGCUGGCAUUCUUGAACUGCCAAGAGACACAAAGCAGAUAUGCGGGCUGCUCAGUGCCUUUCUGAAAAUGCUUUGAAACACAUUUUGGUGCAAUAUCGUGUCUUUUUGAAGAACGACCUUUUGUGUGCGUGUGGUUUUGUUGUUGCUGAGGCCGUCCUCCCCAGUGCCCACUCCUCGCUUUGUUUGCAGCAUGGCCGCUCCCGCUGCCCUUUGCGGAUGGCCGCGUCCUGCUGGCCUGCUGCUCAGCCAGGGGCGAUGCUUCCUCGUGGAGCUGCAUGCGUUCCCUUUUCCCUCUGUGCAGACAGCGAGAGCUGCUGGAAGCACGAGAUGAAAGCAUUUCGUUCUUUCUUCUGCACCCACCUGAGAAGGAGGUGGCAGUCCAGUGCUUUGUUGAUGUGUUUUCCUCUGCAAAGAAAUACAUAUAUAUAUAUAUCUAAAGAGGUGUUUUCCUAAAAUCCUAGGGCUGAUGUCUAUUAGAUGAUCUUGGCAGAGUCUUAAGUGCCUUCUGUGUGUAGCCAGGACAAGUGAUGAAGCCAUUUACGAUAAUUUAUAAUGCACAGCCCAGCCAAAAAUCUGUUGUCAUUCAAUCACCGAAUUAAAUAAGUGUCAUCCUACCUAGCUCAGAAAUCACCAUUUUCCUAUCCCAAAUCAUAGAAUCAUUAAGGCUGGAAAAGACCUCUGAGGUCCCCAGCCCACCCCCACCGUGCCCACUGCCCACGUCCCUCAGUGCCACAUCUGCACGGCUCUGGAACACCUCCAGGGGUGGGGACUCCACCACCUCCCUGGGCAGCUGUGCCAAUCCAGUUAUCCAAUUUAACUUUCCAGACUUGUAGUGCUGGUAUGUGACAGAUGAAUAAGUAGAAAUCCCAUCUUCUUUUUCUCCGUGAUAUCAAUGCUUUUGCAGGUCUGAACUUUUGCAGAGAGGACAGAAAAAUAAUAAUGGAAAACUACAGAAAAAAUUCUUGCUUGCCAAGCCCAGAUGUACUAAAAGAUGCGCUGCAACCUGCUUGAGAUGGAAGGGGGCACAGGAAGGAGAGGACACCUAAAAGGCAAAAAUAUGUGCAGUGUUGAUGUUUUGAAUGUGGUGUCCGUGUACUUGUGUGAAUUGGGCAGCAGAGCCGAGCCAGCAGCGAGGCAGAGGCUGCGGUGGUGUGCUGGUGGGCAGCUGUGCUUGGAGGGUCUUCCCCCAUCCCAGUCUAGUCUCAGCACAUGUGGGCAUUAGCAGUACGUCCAUUCCCCCUGUGUUAACUUGCAGGUUGAGUACCCUGAGUACUGAGUUAAUUUACGUUUUCUGCUCUUUGUUAUAUUUGCAAACCACAGAGUUUGACGGUCGUCUUCCAGUUCUGUGUUCCAUUGAGAACACGUGGGAAGAGCUCAGCAAUCAGCUUGCUCUCUCUGCACCUCGAGAUGCUGACCAUUGGAUGCCCUUGUGCUUUAUUCCUCUCCAUUGUGUUAUAUGCUGAAGGCUGUUUAUUUAGACGUGUAUGUAGCCAGUGGUAAUUUCAAGGAGCCAGGUUUUUAAAAAUACAUACACUUAAAUGGUGAUGGAACCCAUAAAAAAAAAUCUAUUUAAAGUCAAUUGUAUGCGUGAAGAAGUCAACAAACAAAAGGGCAGAGACAAGCAUAUCAGCUUUAAUUUAGUACUGGAUUUCCUUUGACAGGAGCCAUUUAGAUAGAGGGCAAAAAAUUAUCUCACUGAAAAAGGCAAUGAUUGAUCACAUGUUGGUAACUGAAUCAAGUCUGCAAAAAAGAGAGGCGAUUAAGGGACAAAGAGGAAUUAUCAUAUUACAAUGUUGCUGCCUGUCAAGCCUCCCUUGUGUUGUGCAUUCAUGUGUCACGUUGUGACAUUCGAUCAGCUCAACUCCCUGGGACAAAGGGAUGGUAGUUAAAAAUCUUUAAGUGCUGUGUGGAAUUCUGCUGGAAGUGUAAAUCUGGGCUCUGUCCGCUGGUGGGGAUCUUCACGCCCACAAGGAGGGAUGUGCAGGGCCUGGCUGGCAGCUCACGAGCAGAUCUCACAGCAGUGUGUUUCUGGCACCCGCUCGGUGUGACUCUGCUGGCCAACACUGGGCUGCUCUGAAGGCAAAAGGCAUUCAUAGACCUUCCUGAAAAAUGGGUGGUGUCAUUUAUAUAUUCGCUGCAGCUAAAAGCUAUAACUGAUGACCAGAUGACCUUUAAAGGUUCCAUGGCUCUAUGACUCUGUGCUCAAUUUUGGCACUUUUGGCUAUGGGAGGGGCUGCCAGUGGGCCCAUCCAUCCCAGCACACAGCCACUGCUCCCUGUGGCACAAAUCUGUGUGUAUUUUUUUUAAUCAUACAUCAGCAGAGCAGUGGAUUUAAAGCAACCUGGCUGCACUGAGGCAGGUGGAUCGGCGUGAAGAGCACGGCAGAGCUGAAGUUGAGCAGAUGAGGACCACAGGGGCAGAUGAAAGUCAGCACUGACAAAUGCACGGGAAGGAGAGGUCUGGGCUCCCCGUGCUCAUUGCUGGCUUUUCAAUGAACUGAAACCACUUGGGAAAGAGACCUGAGGGUCACUGCGGACAGCUCAAUGAAGACAUCUGCUCAGUGUGCAGGCGCAGGCACAAAAGAUCAAACAGGAUGUUAGGCCAUCUGAAGAAUGGGUGAGAAAAUACCGAAAAUAUUAUAAUGCUCUUACGUCCACAGCAUUCUGAUCUGGAUAUUGUGCUGAGUCGGGCACGGGAAACCCCCUGAGCUUUGAGAGGCAGGAGGCUGAAAUGGCAAAGGAAUAGAAUAACUUCUGUGUAAGGAGAAUUGGAAAGAUUGGGAGCAUUUAGAAAGAUCAUGUGAGUAAGAGGAUUCAUCCGAGAGGUUUUAUAAACUAAUGCUUGACAUAUUUAACCUUUCCCAAAAUACGAGAGCAAAGGAAAAUCCAAUAAAAUCAGAAGCGUGCAUUUAGCAGGGUCACGUUUUCAGAGCAGCACUUGCAGAAAUGCCCGAGCUGGUGCUGGCCCUGGCUGCAGUGACCCUGCUGAUGCCAUUGGAUGUGGCAUUUCAAUAUCUCACUGCCAAUGAGCCAGUUUUAGUCCAUUUGACACCUUCUGACAGUGAGUACUGAAAGUGCUUCUUAUACCAUUUUGGAAAUAGGCUCCAUCACAACGUGUUCCCCCUGCUGCCACCGUCCUGCUGAGAAACCAAAAUGUUGUUGAGUCGAGUUCAGCUUGUCUCUCUUCUUCUGGAGCACAGGACUUCACUCAGUCGUGUUUUCACCAAAUUCACUGCUGCCACUUGACCUGGAGAAAUGCUUGGUACUGUCCAGCCUUGAUGCAGGUGGUAGGAGUCCUUGUGUGGUCAGAUGAGUUGGGGUUAGGGUUGGGGUUGGGGUUGAAGUUAGUGUUGGGGUUGGGGUUAGUGUUGGGGCUGAAGUUAGGUUUAGCCUUGGGGUUAGCAUUGGAGUGAGCAUUCAGGUUGAGGUUAGUGUUGUGUUGGCGUAUUGAGGCUAGUGCUGGAGUUAGGGUUAGAUGGUAUGUGUGUUCCAAGCAGUCCGGGCUGUUCUUCUUGUACCCUUAUUGGGGGGAGCACAUUGCACACACAUCCCUCAUACUCGCACUUCUUCCCAACUCAAAAAGAGUUCCUGAACCAGGAGAGAUGAUUAAUGCACAGAGACUGAAGUGUUGCUGGCUUUAUAGAAUUUCAGUUCCUCAGCAAUAUGGGCUGGCUGCCAUGAGAAGAGGGUACUGUGGGAGUUUAUCGGAAUACAAAAUGCUGGAAAGAGUCAAAUUUUACAUUUUAAUUUGUCCAGUGUUUUUCAAAUAAGGAUACUAAAUGGGUAUAUUUAAAGCAGUGUUACCUCGGGAAAAAUAUUUAUUUGACAGGGUCACUGUGAGUUCACUAGUACAAUUCUGGGACAGCAUAAUAUUGUCUGAAGUGAAGAUGGAGAGAACACCUGCUGGGUUUAAAGCCCUGUAAAGCUGUUCCAAAUCUGAGUGUGGCCACUGCAGUCCUGUGCAGCUGUGGUCUGAGGUGGCUUCCUAUGCAGACAAACCUUUAGUGGCUGCGUUUUGCUGUGGUAUCUUAGAAACAACUCUUUUCUUUAAUGUUUUUUAAUAGCAAAGAUGUAAGCAGGGUGCUUGUGCUGCUCUACUGGCGUGACCCUGGUCCGUCGGCACAGCGAGAUGUGGUCUGGGAGUCAUUGAGGAGAGGGCAGGUGCUGAUGCACUGGCUGUAUAAUCACAUCGGAGACUUAAUCAGUAAAAGAUUAAUUAACAUCAUCUAAUACAUAUAAAACCUGUAGAAGCAGAGCUCUGUGAUACGCUGGAGGGCUUCAUCUGGGGGACUGAUGGUGGAGCACGGGUUUAGGCUGGGAGUUAUCCUAGGUGGGUGAUGCCACGUGGCCCACGUAUGUGUGUUCACUCCUCACCACGGUCUGAUCAGGUGAGCGCGCACCUGGCCAGAAGGGUCCCAUCCUGUUUGGUGCUAACUGCGUGCUUGUUUGCUUUUACCACUGCCCCGCUCUUGGGGCAUGGCAACAAAACCGUGCUGCUCACACAGCUCCUCCUCGGGCACGCUGCAAUUAAUAUUAACCCCGUAUUGCUGCACAGUUCACACUGUAUUUUUCAAAGCUUAUGCACUAAGCACGGUUCUUUGCCAAGGAUUGAGAGUGCAGAAUGUGAUGCUUGGCCAGCAGCGACAGGUUUGCUUGGAGGCAAACAGCCCCCGGUACCCUGCAGCUGAUGGUUUUGUGCACUGCUCCUUCCAGAGCACUGCUUAUCCUUGGGAAUGGGUUGGCAGUGCAGGGAGCUGUGCUGUGCAGGGAGCCAAGCAGCAGAGCCCAGGCUGGAUUUCAGUGCCAAGCCCGAUGCUUUGUGCCCAAGAGCUGGAUGCUGCCGGCUCGGUAAGCAGGUUAAUGCUUGCUGGACUCCGGUGAGUAAACAGCUUGGUCAGUUCAAAGCAAACAGAAUUCCAGUUUGCUCUGAGCUGCCCCCAAAUGAUGCCUCUUGUGGUUUUCCUCCUGGAGCUUUGGGUGCACAUCCUCUGCUUGAGGUGUCACGGUUGGCUGGAGCUGCGUGCUUGCAAAGUGAGAGAGCUCCAGGUGACAAGAGACAAAUCUGUUGCUGUCAAGGCAUCUACCAUGGGAGGGUUUGCAUGCCGAAUGUCCUCUGGAUAGAGGUUUGUCAGAUGCUUCAUCUUUGUCCAGGAUUUUUUCACAUUUCCAUCCUGUAAUCUGGACCCAUGCAGUCAGGCUUACAGAGGCUUUUGGAAGCGAAGCGUUUCCAAAACCGAGAGUCAGCAGGUGGCUGGAGGCAGGUCUGUGCUGCCUCGGUCACUGGGCUUGGCUCACGCUUCCAACAUUAAGGCUCACUCAGUUCUCAGAGAAAGAAUUUGUAUAGAAGGAAAUAAAGAACCAGGAGUGGCUGGAGAUGAGGCAGAGGGAGAGAGGAUGUUGCUGGUUUGGUUGCUCCUGUCUCAUGGUGGGCAUGGCUCUUCCAGUUGCUCUUCUCAUCACCCUUAAAGAUGCUACAGUGUGUUUGAAAGAGCAGGGAGGCACAAAGCCAUCCUUAGUGCUGUCUGCAAUUGCAUUUUGGUUCCUCAGUUGUCACUGUUUUCCAGUGACGGGUGUAAAAAAUAAAGCGCACAACAGUUGUAUUUGUGGGGAUGCAGAGGUGAUGUGUGUGAAUGUACCUUUUGUUGUAGUCAUUUGAAAGACACCUAUUAAGUAUCGCUGCAUUUAGUUGUAAAAAACAUGCUGAAAUGGAGGCUACGGGAAUGUGAAGACCACAGAAAUUCAGCUGGUAUCUUCCUUCAGAGCUGCUGAGCCUGGGACCCAUGUUAAGAAGGACAAAGGGGAAGGCAUUAAAGGUGAAGGUCUGUGAAGACAGAGGAGACCAACCACAGAAGUGCUGGCACUGAAGGGAAGCCUGCAACACUGCAUGGGUGAGGUAGCCUUAAAAUGCCUUGCUGCGUUGGUCAGUGUUGGUGUGGUCCAGAAGACCUGGAGCAUCAUGAGCUGCUGUGCUUACAGACAUGGUUGGUGUCCGUAGCUCCUGGUGCUCAGCUUUUGGUCUUCCUGGGGUCCCCCGUUACUUCCAGGUGAAGCGUAGAUGCGCAGCCCAGCCCUAGGAGUAAUUCAUGUGCACGGAGCGUGGCUCAGGCCUGUCUGCUCCCGCACUUUCAUAGCCAGGGGUAGAAAAUUCCCACCAGCGUUGGCCUGGGAAAUGUUUUUUACAGAAAUCUCUGAAGCUUUCUAACUGCUCUGCCCCUUCGUUCUCAAGUCGCUAUCUUUUAUCGUGAGAGCUCUGCUGUGUGGAUAACUAUUGAGGAAACUCCCCGAGGCUGCUGAGCAGGAAUCUGCUUUAAUGACAGAGAUGCGUCCAAUUUUUAAGCAAAACAGCCUGUAAACUGUGCCAUCAGCUAACAAGUACAGGAUCCCUGCUGUGUCCUGUGUGGGAUCCUGUGGUAUUUUUAUUUCCAGGGUGAUACCCUCCUGGUAGCAUGUGGAGCUACAGCUGGGCCGCCAAGGAGCAUCCUGCUUUGGGAAGAUGAACAGAGAAUAUGUUCCUCAGGAUUGCCAUGCCUAAUUAGCCUUGAGUUCUGGUAUUAGGAGAUGUUAAUGAGCUGGAGCAUAUAAACUAACCACAGGAAAAAGAAACCCUUUUAAUAGCUACACCAGUGGUAAAGUUGCGGUGCUCCAUGGGGUUGGAGGAGCCAUCGGGACGUGGCCAUGGCCACAACGACCUGCUCCCAAUGAGGCACUGCUUGGUGCCCACACUGAGGAGCAGCCAUUUGCUGUGCAGUGAUCUGAUUAGCACGGAGAUAGGUGGGUUUUGUUCUUUUACUUCGAGUGCAAAUGAGCACUCUAUCUAAUAUUGCGUAUAGCUUCCAUUAUGCAUUGCCUGCUCAUAUUUGUAUGUUGUGCCCCAUUUCCCUUUGGGUUGCCUUUUUUUUUGCCUUUUCUUUUCACAGUGAAAAUAGAGUAAAAGAGAAGAGAUCUAAUCCUUUUGCAGUUCUGUAUCAGCGUUCAGAGAGGUCAGGGAAGUUCAUUCUUCCUGCUUCCUUUUGGCCCACUUAGCAUUUUUGUUGGAGGCAGGUGGACACGUUGCACUUCAUUCUCUCUCCUUUCCACAUGCCUCCAUCGUGACACUGCUUUUCCAUACCAACCAAGUGUUCUAAGCUGAGGUGUGGCAAUGUAAGGCGUGGAAAAAAAUAUUCUGUUUUGUUUCUUCUUGCCACUUUGAAACUGCUUAAAACAGACGUGGGAAACAAACAAACCAACAACAACAACACAGCUUGCCAGGCUCUUAAGUGAAUUGGUAGUAUUGAAGAGGGAAGUUGGAGAGGAGCCAGCACAGAACCCCUGGGUAGGCAGGGGAAGGGCUAAUGUAGAAUCACAGAAUCAUUUCUGUUGAAAGAGGCCUUUAAAGGCCCUCUGGUCCAACCCCCUGCAAUGCACACGGACACCCACAGCUCCGUCAGUGCACAGAGCCCAUCCCCUGACUUUGGGAGUCUGUAGGCAUGGGGUACCACCACCUCUCUGGGCAGCCCGUGCAGUGCCUCAUCACUCUUCUUGCCAUCAACUUUCCUGUCCAACCUAAAUCUCCCUUUUAGUGGCAAGGAACAACUCAGGUGGGGGAGAAUCACUGAGGUGUGGAUGUAAAUGGGAGAUGUUUGCUACAGGGCCAGGGAGGAAUGGUGCGUGCUGCUCACUCAGCUGUAGCCACGAUGGCACAGGAACCAUACGGCUGUUGUCUAUCAGCACAGAUUCACUGUUGGACAUCAGAGAAGGAAGACAUAUAUAUAUAUUUAUAUAUAUAUAUAUAAUAUUUGUCUAAGGAUAAAUGAUUCUCUGAUUCUGUGAAAUGUAAAAAAAUUUAAGUCAUUCCAAAUAAUAGAAGGAAGAGGAAAAAAAGACAUGGGAGAGAAUACUACAGUAUGUUCAUUCUUUUAAAUAUGUCUGGCAUCUUUUUUAAAUGCUUGGGGAUGAAGGACUGCAUUGGUCUGAUUACAAAGUACCACAGAGCCCACAUGUAAUAGUGAAAGAAACCGCUCGUUUUCUGACAUCCCAUAAUCUUGAGCUCUGGAAGCAUAGUAUCAGCUAUUCCCCAGCCUAUGGAUGGCAACCAGCUUUUUAAGUAAUGGGCCAAAUAAUGAUUGCAGAUGCUAUAAUCAACAUUUUUGUUAAUGAUUUACAGUUCCGUUUGCAAAAUAAUUAGUUCUGCAGAGCUCCGUGGUACAAUACAAGAGGAACUCACUUCGUGGAGCCUCAAGAGAAUGGAAACUUCUGAGCCCAAGGGGUGCAGGGCAAGCCCUGGGGUCUCAACCGUGGGGUUAUUAUAACCUGACAGGCAUGAAAGGAGCUGAAACAUCAGCAUGGACUCACGCUAUGACACAGGGGUGCUGGGAGGAACCUGCCUGGUUCCCAGUGACACCUUAGGGUGGUUGGUCUGGUGAAACGUCUCAGUGGGAGCACAGAAGAGCUGCUCCCAAAAAUGGCAACAGAAGGGCAGGAGAGGAGCACAUCCCUUUGUUGAAGGAGAGUGAUUUUCACGCUCCUUUCCAUGCAGGGAUAACUUGAGGAUGGGGACCACUCGGGAAACCAUCUGGGCUUCUUCCAGCAGCAAAUCAGAAGGGGGUCCUCAAUCCCAAACACCCAGUCCAUCCUCAUAGCGGGACAUGUGAGUCCUGAGAGCUCUUGAAAACCUCUUGGAGGAGUGUGCUCUGCUCCUGCCGUGGGGAGAACAGCGGUGCCCAUCUCUUCCCCGCGUGGUCAGGAUGGGGCUGGGUGCAGGCGGGUGCAUUUCCUCGUUGCUGCAGCUCCUGCCAUGCCGGGCAGGGCUGGCGUAGGUUCCUCAGUCUGCUUUGUCUGUUUAGGUUUUCAGCUCAGGAGCUUGGCACAACAUGGCCCCGGUCUCAGCGGCAGAUGCCAGAUGCUGCCAGAGUACAAAGAAAUAAUGAAAGUAACCCAAAAUGUGUGAGUCAGCAAUAGGUGUGAUGGGGGUGCUUCUUUCCAUACUGCAUCCACUCUGCUUCCAGCUUCUCCUUUCUCCCCCUCUGUUCUUCUUCCAGCUGCAUUCUUUUUGUCUUUAUUUUCUGCCUCCUGCCAGGCGCCGUGACCACGCGGUGGGAGAACGUGGUAGAGGAACCCUACAGCUCUGCUAACCUGCGAGCUCUUUCUGUUUUGCUUCUGCACAGAAAUUCCCUGGUACCCUCAGCACCAUUAGUGCCCUCCUGGCAGCUUACGUUUCUUCCAGGGAAAUUCGGAGCCAUUCUUCUUUCUGUCUCUAAACACAAAGCCGAGCACUGGUGUCACUGCAGAAGUGCUAACCGCAGUCACAGCCUCUUUGAGGAAUGCUGAAUUGCUUUAGUUCCGUAUUGUGAGUUGCUAAUUUUAUUUCCUCCUACCACUAUGUACAGUUUCUAUAGUUGUGGAGGUCACUGGAGCUUUGUAAGCGCAGCCAAAAGUGUUUUAAAUAGUCAUCCUGCAGCACAGCGGUGCCAUCAAUCUCCCAUGCCAUUAUUCCAUCUAGAAGGUUGGGUUUGAUAUCCAUUUUCAGACUGAAAGCAAAAUCAGUGGCAGGCUGCCACAGCCCGUAAGGCACAGAGGGUGGGACCUUCCUGAAGGUUUCCGUGAGCGUAAUGGCGUUACCUGUUGGCUUGGGAUAUUUCUGAGCGAAUCGAGAGCUGCUGGCAGCCAAAUGGUUUCUGGAGAGGGUCUUUCAUCCUUAACUGCUAUUCUUUUAUUGUUUCAUUUCCAAGGCUACUCCGUAGUCGGGCUCUAAUAAUGAUUAGAAUUUUUUAAUUGGAGUCUCACAAGCUUCAGUUACCAGCUUGCCCAGGAAUACUUUGCUUUUUGGCUCAUAUAUAUGCCCAUACAUAUAUGUGUGCGUAUAUAGGGGAGCAAAAAAAAACCCACAGAAAAUAAUAGCGGAAUGUAAGUCUGCGGCAUGUUGAAUUAAUUUCCUGUUCCACUUCUGCAUCAGCUAACCAGACAAAUAACCAAUUUGUUAAGGGCUCUGCUACUUCCUCCCAUCACUUGCUCACAAUGCACUCCUUACAUUUUAUUUCCUGGUUUUUCCAUUUCAGUUCCUCGAGUCCCCCCGGGCCCCUGGUGCGGCUGCCAUCCCCGCUCACCCCACUACCAGCACCCAGCCCGACGGUGCUGCUGUGUCUCAUUAGUGCCCACUCUUCCCCCAUUGGCUGCUGCUGCUCCAAGCAGGUUCCCAGUUUAUUGAGUUGUUUUGGUCACAUCUGGGAGCGCAGAGAUGGGAAUAUUGCCAUGGCAUGGAGGAGGGAGCGGGGCUGCCAGCAUCGGGUGUCUGCAGCGGCACUGGGAUGAAGCAAUCCUAGCAGGCAGCUUUUAGUGAUUUCCUCUCCCACCACACGAUGGGUUCGUUCAGAGGCUGGCACAGCACCGUGUAGCUCAGUGCCAUACAGCUUUCCGCACCAUCCAGUGCAUUUUGUGGGUUUAUGUUUGUGUUCAGGAAAUCGAUUCAGAAGGAGGAAAGCACUUGGUUGGAUGCUGUGCUGGGGACAUCUUUCUGGAGGAACGGGCAGUGGGAGAAAAAACACCCAACAGCUCUGCGUUUAUAGGCACGCUGCCUCAGCUGCCAAACUGUCCCUUGUAUAUGCACAGAGCUAUAGGAGGGUCUGUAAGGGAAAUAAAGAUGUGGAAUUGGAGACUUCUCGAGUAGAAGUUACGGAGGGCUUUCCGAGUGCUCUGAUGGAUAGGGAUGGAAGUGCAUCAAUUCAAUCACAGCAUUGUAUAGUGCAUGAUAAAUAUUUGAUGAGUACAGCCCAUCAUUUAGUUAAUACACAGCACGGGGCAGAUUCUGCUCUUGGAUACAGUGCAUGCGUUUAUGACUGUGCCUACUGCAUGAGUCCAGUCCUGUGCAGGGGGACAGCGUUUGGUCCAAAUGCUGCAAGGUCUGCGUGUGAAACAUGGGAGCAUGGCAUAAGAAGACUGUAGGUUAUCAGCACAGCAGUGUGUUACUGCAGCAACUGCUGAGACCCAGCAGCAUUUCUGGUUUGACCAUAAAAACACUUUGGCCUAAGGCUGGGUUUUGAUAAAUGCAAUGAAUUAGGCUAUUUUGUUUCUGGUGAUACAGGGUUAUGUGUGUUUCCAAACACAGCGCAGCCUCAGCUGUCCAAGUGAAAGGAGGACAGUGCUGUUGUGUAGGCUGAGCUGUGACACGCACAACUGGUUAAAGAAGCUCUGGGCUUCUAACAGAAUGUUCAUGAAUGGGAGUUAUUUGUGGAUUCCAGGAGUUUUUGCAGAUGUUUGCUCUGCACCAUGCAUGCAUUUCUGGUGGGAACAGAACUGGAGCUAGCAGAUUCUGAGCAAAAGGUCAGCGAGGAGCAGUGGACAGGAGCCCCCGGUGCUGGGGGGGACAGCAUCCUCUGAAGCAACUUUAUGGAGGAGCUAGUGAAACAGAAAGUUUUACAUCUUUUUUUUUAUUAUUAUUAUUUGAUUUCUAUUUUCCUGUUUAAUGCUGUGUGGGGAAGCCAGAGAGGCAAUGGGCAAGUAGGAGGAACCGUGUGAAAAUGUGUUCUUUACAGAGAGAGUGGUGAGGUGCUGGAACAGCUGCCCAGAGAGGCUGUGGAUGCCCCGUCCCUGGAGGUGUUCAGGACCAGGUUAGAUGAAGCCCUGGGCAGCCUGGGCUGGUACCAGAUCUGGGGGUUGGUGACCCUGCCUGUGGCAGGGGGAUGGAACUUGAUGAUCCUUGGGGUCCCUUCCAACCCAGUCAUCCAAUGAUAAAAGUGGCAGCAGAAACUUCAGCAUUUCCUGGUAGUUAUUUGUGAGAUCUUUGUCUAGCUCCCGCAGUAAUUUCUACUUUCUGGUUUCCCUGCUGUCACCCAGUAACAGCCAUAAUGGAGGGAGAUCCCAAUAACAAAAAGAAAUGAUCAAAUUGUUUUGAAUGGUGCAAAGGAGAAGACAUAAUGAAGUCCAAAUAAGCUGCGAUGCCCCAUCCCUGGUGGUGCCCAAGGCCAUGGAUGGGCCCUGGGCAGCCUGAGCUGGUGGGGGCAGCCAGCUUACAGUGGGGGUCAGUGCUGGGGAAUCUGAGAGGUCCCUUCCAACCCAAUCAUGCUGUGAUUCUUCAAUGAUUCCUAUUCCCUGCUUUAGCUAAGUUAAAAUGUAACCUCAUCAUCAGUUUCAUUAGUUCUAAUAGAUAAAACUCAGAGGCAGGCAGAUGUGGUUGGCCAGAAGGCUGCCCAGGGAGUGGUGGAGUCACCCACCCUGGAGAUGUUCAAGAAACGUUUAGGUGUUGUACUGAGGGACAUGGAUUAGUGAGAAAUGUUGAUAGUAGGUGCACGGUUGGACUGGAUUAUCUUGGAAGUCUUUUCCAACCUUGGUGAUUCUAUGAUUCUGCCUGAGAUUCCUGUGCUUGCAGAUCUAAAUUUGAGUGGCUCUUUGUGUCCCUUCAUGUGCUUGCCCCUCCGGGAUGUUUUUGGGGCGAUGUCUGGUACAGAACUGCUGGGUUCUGUGAGUUAUGGGGUAAUCGUUCCCUGUCAGGUGCUGUGAGAGUGGAGCUUACUUGACGAGAACUCCAUCUGAAGGAUGGUAGUUUCACAGGAGACACUCAGAGGAUUGCUCGGCCUCUUGCUGGCCGCUCUGCUGACCUUGUGAGACUGGUGACUAACAGCAGGGCUGGAAAAAGGAUCUCAGAGGCAUUCUUCUGCACGAGUGUGAUGGUGCUUUUGCUCCGUGUGGCAUUACUGGCAACUUGGGGCUUUCCUAGAGGGAGGUGAGGGCUGCUGUGUGGUACGGCUCUCUAAGCAUUGCCUGAACCAUUCCCAAACCCAACCAGUUGGGAUCUGCACUGGGAGCGUCUCCAGUUGAGCCUUGCUGGCUUUACACAGAAUAAAAUCCCUCUGUCACUGUUGUAUUCAUGUAUGUGCCUCACUUAGUACUGCAGCUUACUGAGCGCAUGGAUCAGUCCCAAGACUUCAGCCUGCUCAGCUCCGAGGACACCAUGGCUCCAGAUGGUUUGGGGUGAUAGUGUGGUGAAGGUGUAUUAGGGCCAUUUGGCAUCCUUGCCACCUCUUGCAUCUCUUUUAGCAAAUAAUUCAGUGCAAAGUCUCUGAAGAAAAUAAGCGAGGCUGCGGCUCUGGAAAUAACUUGCUGUGCCUCCCAUUGUUACCCCCCUUUGUUGUUUUUAUUUAAAAGAAGAAUCACUCUUUUUACAGAUUUAUUGCCCCAGCCUGGCUUAAAAGAGAAGGGGACAGAACAAUCAGCGGUGAUUUAUUUCUUUAAUGCAUUUUAAAUAAGUAGACCCCCAAGAAUGAAGCAAUGGUGCAUAAUUACACUGCGCCGGUCGCAAAACUCGGGCUGUGCCUGCCGCCAGCUCUUAAUUUAACACCUGGCCAGCCUAAGUGAGUGUGCUGCUGGGGCUGGGAGCUGCAGCUCGCUCCAAGCUGUGCAAAGGCUGUUCUCUGGUGGCAGUUUCUCUCCUUGUGAGCAGGUUCAGCUUGUGUCAGUGCCCUGUUCCUGCCUUGGCACUGUGCUUCAGGAGCAUCCAAAGCUCCCAUGUCUGCCCGCUGCCCCCACCCUGUGCUGGGCCCUGAGGAACUCCUGCCUACAUCGCUGUCUCCUCAAUUAAAGCAAGCACAAUGAGUUUGAAUGUUACAUUUCCCCUGCAUGGACCUCCUGAUGAUUUCUGUGUUUUUUACAUUUGCAUUUUCCUGUUUUUGUUUAGCUUCUUCAGCUUUAUCACUUCCCCGCUGCUGACUAAAGGAGCUGCACAACAGGGGAAAGUGUGACUAACUCGCUGCCUGCACGGGGGAAAGAGUGAGACUGGCUCUGCACAUGCUGCUGGAUCGAUACUGGCGGUAUGCAUGCCGGCUCCUGUGAGUUUGCCUGAGUUCCCGGGGGACUGCUUUGCUUUUUGAAUCAGAAAGUUGGAAACUACCAUCAAGAAUGGCACUUGUAGAUAAACACAAAGUCAAGCGGCAGCGACUGGACAGAAUUUGUGAAGGUAUCCGUCCUCAGAUCAUGAACGGCCCCAUGCACCCCCGGCCCCUGGUGGCACUGCUGGAUGGCAGGGACUGCACGGUGGAGAUGCCCAUUCUGAAGGACUUGGCGACCGUGGCGUUCUGUGAUGCACAAUCAACUCAGGAGAUCCACGAGAAGGUAUUAAACGAAGCUGUUGGGGCGAUGAUGUACCACACCAUCACGCUGACUCGAGAAGACCUGGAGAAGUUCAAGGCCUUGCGGGUCAUUGUUCGAAUAGGCAGCGGCUACGACAACAUCGACAUCAAAGCAGCGGGGGAGCUCGGGAUCGCCGUCUGCAACAUCCCCUCGGCCGCCGUGGAGGAGACGGCUGACUCCACCGUCUGCCACGUCCUCAACCUCUACCGGCGGAACACGUGGCUCUACCAGGCGCUGCGGGAGGGCACGCGGGUGCAGAGCGUGGAGCAGAUCCGGGAGGUGGCCUCUGGUGCUGCACGUAUCCGGGGCGAGACGCUCGGCCUCAUCGGCUUCGGUCGCACGGCGCAGGCGGUUGCGGUCCGAGCCAAGGCGUUCGGCUUCAACGUCAUAUUCUACGACCCGUACCUGCAGGAUGGCAUAGAGCGGUCCCUGGGAGUCCAGCGGGUGUACACGCUCCAGGACCUGCUCUAUCAGAGCGACUGCGUCUCGUUGCACUGCAACCUUAACGAACACAACCACCACCUCAUCAACGACUUCACGAUUAAGCAGAUGAGGCAGGGAGCGUUCCUGGUGAACACGGCGCGCGGUGGGCUGGUGGAUGAGAAGGCCUUAACUCAAGCCCUGAAGGAGGGUCGGAUACGAGGGGCUGCGCUCGACGUGCACGAGUCGGAACCCUUCAGUUUUGCUCAAGGCCCACUGAAAGAUGCUCCUAAUUUAAUCUGCACGCCGCACACGGCCUGGUACAGCGAGCAGGCGUCGCUGGAGAUGAGAGAAGCUGCUGCUACCGAAAUCCGGCGCGCCAUCACAGGGCGCAUCCCAGAAAGCCUAAGGAACUGCGUGAACAAGGAAUUCUUUGUCACAACAGCUCCGUGGUCAGUAAUAGAUCAGCAAGCGAUCCAUCCAGAGCUCAAUGGUGCCACAUACAGGUACCCGCCCGGGAUGGUCAGCGUGGCACCAGGAGGAAUACCAGCAGCCAUGGAGGGCAUCAUGCCCGGGGGCAUCCCUGUGACUCACAACCUCCCCACGGUGGCACAUCCUUCCCAAGCUCCGUCUCCGAACCAGCCCACGAAACACGGCGACAACAGGGAACAUCCCAACGAGCAAUAGCAGAUAAUUUAAAACAACAAAAUCCUUCAAUAAACUUGGGACCAAGAGACAUUGGAAAAAAAAAAAAAAAAAGAGAACUACAAAUGAAUUUGAUACGAAAUUUGUAACGUUGAUUUUUGGACAGAUGCAUCGUCGAUGUUCCGGUGUUACCGAUGCGGUGAUAGCAGCCAAGACUGGGGAGAAGCCCUGAAGAAGGCACCUGCUCACCGAGAUGUGAUACGUUAAGGAUCGAAAUGAUCGACUUCUGUUCUUGUGUGUUAAGUUUCCUUCAUCUGUGCAUCAAUCACAUGAAUAAAAAUAAGAUUUCUUUUCCCCUCCAUUCCUUGGGAAGAACAGGGUGUCCGCACCCGUUUCCAAACAAUUGCAUUAAGCAAUCCUUACCGAGUUAACGUAGAAAUGGAAGAGGAAACCACGCCGUGGCUUCAGCCCUUUCCUUGCUCUGGUUCCCUCUGACAGAAGGAGGCACCAGCACUGGCUCAGCAGCGGAAGAAAAACCAAUGACAUCCUUUGUGCAGCCUCCCGGGGCCGAUGUGUGCCAGCAGAGCUCCUGCAAGGCUGGGGGCACGGGGCUGGGAGGGCAGAAGAACAAAGCAGCACUCCUCCCUGCCCAGCUCUCAGUGAGGCAGCUGCGCACACAUCCGCGCCCUGCAGUGAUGCAAGAAAAAAAAAGAAAAAAAAGAAAAAAAGAAAAAAAAAAUGAAAAAGAAAGAAGAAAGUAUUACGUUUCACACACUAUUUGUACUCAAAUAUAUUUUCUCAGUUUUAAAUCUGCAGCUAUUUUAUCAAGUGGAAAAGUCUUGGGCUGGAAAGGGUUCAAGAAUAAUGUUGCAUUUCCUUAUGUCUCAGGAAACACUUUUUAUGGUAACUUGUCAGACUGUCUAUGAACAAACCCCACUUUUUUAGACAUUGAUAAAAGUCUUCUUUUCUUCACGUGAUAUUUUAUACAAGAACACUUCAGAACGUGUUAUUAGAUGUGACUGAUUUUAACAAAGCCUAUUAGGUUUGUAUCAACUAGUUACAUGUUAUCCUCAUAGUCUUUUGUGAAUCAUCGCCUUUUUGUUUUUAAAACGAUGGCCUCUUUGAGCCUUUGUAUGGGUACAUUCCUGUUUCUGUGACAAAGAAAUCUUAAGCUGUCCCCAACAGAAGAAGAAACCAAUGGCUAUCAGCAGUAUGUUUUGUUUUAGUGUGUUACCGUUACUGUAUUUGUUUAUUGUAAAGGUGGACAUUUAGCGUUCAGUGCAGUUUUCAAUAAAAAGUGAUAAAAUUUCUAUAA